AUGCAGGAAGUAGGAGCAAAUGAGACAGAAGUGACUGAAUUUAUCCUCAUUGGCUGGUCCGGACGACCCAAGCAAAGGAUGGCCCUAAUGGUCUUCUUGAUCAUUGCUUAUGCAGUAACAGUUGUUGGAAAUGGACUCAUUGUGUUAGUGUUUGUAUCCGAUCCACGGCUCCACAACCCCAUGUAUUUCUUCCUGUGUAAUUUGUCCAUCCUUGAUCUUUGCCUCAUAACAAAUGCGGUCCCACAAUCUAUAGCCAACUGUUUAGUGGACCGCCCUAUUGUGUCUCUCCCUUUGUGCUUCACCCAACUCUAUGUUGGUUUAUGCUUUGGGUCAACUGAAUGUUUCCUUCUGGCUGUCAUGGCUUAUGACCGUUACGUUGCUAUCUCCAAUCCACUGCGCUAUACUCUCAUCAUGAAUAUGAGAGUUUGUAUCAUCUUAGCCACUGUGACAUGGACUACUGCCUUUAUGCUUACUGUUGUGCCCUGUCUUGCUAAGCCAGCUAGAUUCUGUGGAAACAAUGAAGUUGACAGUAUUUCAUGUGAAUUUAAAUCUGUAUUUAAGCUCAUUUGUACAGAUACUUCUCUGAGCCAAGUAAGCAUUUACUUCACCAGCAGCUUUACAUUAGUUUUCCCCUUAAGCUUUAUCCUUUUUUCCUAUUUGCGCAUUCUUGUGGCCAUCUUUCGGAUACAUUCAGAAGGUGGCAGGAUGAAGGCUUUUUCCACAUGUGGGUCCCAUCUUGCUGUGGUGUCCAUGUUCUAUGGCACUUGUAUCUUUGCCUAUCUUCUUCCUCAGACAAAGAGCACAAAUGACACUGAAAAAAUAGUAUCUGUAUUUUAUGGAGUGGUGACACCCAUGAUGAACCCUCUAAUUUACACCCUCAGAAAUCAAGAAGUCAUGGGAGCACUGAAGAGACUGCUAAAUAAAAAAAAUGUCACAUAA